ACUCCAUGUUGUUAUUUACUAGAUCGAGAGAGAGCGAGAGAGAACGUGCAGGUUUUCGCGAGAGGAAAAAAAAAGGUUAUCGGGUUCAAGCUAGUUCUCUCAGCUCAUCCGAGUUCUUCGGCCAAAAUGUCGGCACAAGUUUCACGAUGUUUACAAGUAAAUUCUCACGAAACCGAUUUUUACACUAACUAACAAUCAUUCCUGAAAACAAGAUCAUGAAUUCCCUGGAUUCUGAACCACCAUAUAGUGGUUUUGGAUCAGAAGGAGGGGGCUUCUUACCGAUGGGGGACUGCAUGAUGGGGGGAGCCGACCCCCUUCUCAGUCAAGACCCUCACAGCGUUCACAACACUUAUAACAGCUUUGCAGAUGAGGAAGUAAGCAAUGAUUUUCCUGAAGAAGAAUUGAUGCCUUCUAGCAGUCUGUACAGUCUUUACCUGUUGCAUCCCAACUCGGACUCGAAGACGUCGCCCAAUCAGAACCAUGAUUUCAACCAGUGCGGAAGCAAGGAAAGUGAGCUCAGGUGCAGUACCAACGGCAGGGCCAGCGAUUCUGAGGAGAACAUCGAUGUGCUGUCUGUUGACAGUCAGAGUCAACCGACGCCAAACAGCAACGGUCUUGACCACGAUGCCCUGUUUGAAGGAAUGCCCUUCUAUGAGCUCAAGGGGAGAGAAGUCGGACCAUGUGCCUACUGCACGAUGUGGCGGGCGAUUCGAUUCCUCUCCUACUGUGGCAACUACCCCUUCUGCAGUGUGGCUUGCACCAAGAAAUUUGCUGUUUACAAAAGAGAGAAGGGAGAGCUCCUGGAGAAGACUACUGGAGACCUUGGGACAAACCAACACCUCAAUAAGGUACCAACACUUUUUGAAGAACACAAACCGCAACCGUUGUUUCCUCCGCGCUUCAACAACCACAAGCAUUCCAAGUCAUCUAGUGUCACUAACAGCAUUCCCAAUGGUCAGAUGACCAACGGUCAUAGCUCCGAGGUCUUUGAUUGGUCAGAUUAUCUCCAAGCCCACGACACGGAAGCCGCUCCAGUCAAGUGUUUCUGUCACGCACCCAUGUCACAAGAAUGGAAAGGUAACCUGACUGGAACGAUGAUAGAAGUGCACAAUCGAGAUCCUGAGGAAUCGCCCAACAGCUUCUGGGUAGCUAGGGUUAUACAGAUGGCAGGUUACAAGGUGAGGUUAAGAUUUGAAGGAUACGGCAUGGACAACAGUCACGACUUCACCCUUCAUCUACUUAUGGCUGAAUGUUACUCUGUCAAUGGUGCUGUCAAAGCAGGUCACAUCAUGAAACCACCAAAAGGUGUCCUAGCUCGAUUAGGUAACGGUUGGCAGGAGCAUCUAGCUAGAGUUGCCCAUGCUGGAAGUCCUACCAUUGUGCUCCCCCAAAACAAGGACUACCUGAAAUGUAAAUUCAAAACAGGCAUGCAUCUCGAGGCUGUUUACAAACAGCAGAUCUCCCAUACCAUUGUUGCCACAGUGACGGAGACGGUGGCGAAUCGCAUCCAUGUGCAAUAUGAUGACUGUAAAGACCUUAGCAAGGAUUUCUGGUUCCAUGAGACCUCCCCGUGGAUCCAUCCCGUCGGGUGGUCGCAACGGGUCGGUCAUCCGAUCAUCUCUACUGCUGCAUAUAAAUCUGAGGCAUUGGAUAAAGGAAGGAACCAGAAGGCUGGGGUGGAUGAUGCACCGUGGGAUUUAUUUAACAUGCCAUCGUCCAGAGAGGAGACUCAAUUCCGCAUCGGGAUGAAGCUGGAGGUGGUUGACCCGCUCCGUCUCGGCACGGUGUGUGUUGCCACAGUGAUGCAAGUCCUGAGGGAGGGCUACCUGAUGAUAGGUGUGGACGGGUGUCUGGAGGAUACCAACAGCUGGUUCUGUUGCCACAGUACCUCCCCUGCCCUUCUCCCCAUCGGAUUCUGUGAAUAUCAUAACAUUGACCUGCAGCCUCCAAGAGGUUCUGAUAGCAAUUUUGACUGGGUAGAUUACUUACGGAUGACAGAAUCUGUAUCAGCACCCAUUGAAAUAUUUCAUCAGAAAACUGUUGACCGAGGUUUCAAGGUCGGUCACAAGCUGGAAGCAGUAGACCUGAUUGAGUCCGGCUUCAUCUGCGUUGCCACAGUAACCAAGGUGGCCGGGCCGUUGCUAAGGAUUCACUUUGAUGGAUGGGAUAGAUCGUUUGAUCAGUGGAUGGACUGUGACUCGCCAGAUAUCUGCCCAGUAGGCUGGUGUGAAAUGGUCUCAUAUCCUCUUCAACCUCCAAGAAUACAUGAGUCCCAGGACUACAUCAGCAUCACACCGGUAUGCAAACCAAUCUCAAGGAGAAAGCACUAUCCUAGCGGAGAAAAACGAAGAAUGUUUCUAACCCCAGCCUUGGAGAAGAUGAGUAGACACACAAGCGAUGAGGCUCAGAAGAUGAUGCCAUCGGUCUAUUCCUUCUCUGAUGAAGAGAGUAACCACGAGAGGACGAUCAUCCCGCCUCCUCCAAAGAAACAGCUGAUCAAGAAACCACAGAACCGCACCAACCUCAAGUUAAAGAUGUCCAAGACAACUUUGAAGCACAAUGGGAAAGGCAGGCCUUACGAGGCAGCAUCUCAUCACAAUUAUGCAUUGCCGUCGUCCCGAGAAGGUAACAGCAAUGCUCCGGGUCAGCAGCCGCAGGACAACGCGCCAGAACAUGAAAAGAGCGUGCCACCAGAACAGACACUCGGUGUGAAGACAGGGAGUAUGCUGAAUGGAUUCUUAAAGUCCGAGAACAUGGAAAAGGGGGAGUUCAUUGUGGAAGUUGAGAAAGGAAUUGUGGGGAACCAUUCCAAAGCAGAUGCAUCUAUAUCCAGUCUUGAUUCGCCUCCGCUGUCGGCAGAUUCUUCGUCAGGCUCUAUUGGGGCUGGUGCGUCUCAUCAGUCGGAGCAGGCGGAAUCUAGAGGUGAUCCAGAAGGUCCUGGCAAGUUCACCAUGAGGAACUGGUCCCACGUAGAACACAAACAGUGCACAAAGAUGCUCUCUUCAAGGCCAUUCAAAGACUUUGGCAAAGAGAAAAACGACGAGUUUGGCAUUGAGACGUAUGACUUUGAAGAUGCAUCUAUGGCCCCACCUGUUCUUAUACCUAGUGUCAACAAACAUGAAAAGAAGAAAAAGAAGAAGAAAAAGAAGAAAAACAAAAAGAAGAAAGAUAAGGAGAAAAGCAAAGAUGAGGAGGAACCGGAAAAAGAGAAGCACAAGAAGGAAGGGAAGAAAAAGAAGUCAAAGUUGGAUAAAGAGCGUAAGAAGGAGAGGAGGAAAGAAAAAGAAAAGGCCAAAGCGAAGGCGAGUCAGCUAUCAACUCUGUUGAAUUUGCCUACGGAACUGCCUUCCGUCAUGCAAACCGACAUGGCAAGUAAUGAGGAAAAUGUGCUUAAUCAUAUUCUGAAUGACAAAAGCACGCCCCCUGGCGGACUGGACUUGAACAGAAUGUCAAAGGUGAAAUUUAGUAUGAACACUGGAAGCAAUCCUGAAACAAGUAAAGAUAUGUCAGUCAGUGAGGACAAUAGAACUGCAUCAGACAAAGUCUCUACAUUAGACAGGCUUUUGGCUAAGUCUGUGGAUGAAAGUGUGGCAGGACGAGUAGCUCCUUAUACUGUGUAUAGCCAAACUCUGAAUUCGGAAAAUUCAGCAUUGACAAGCUUGCCAGUUGUUUCCAGCACAAAACCUCUUGAAUCACAGGCAAAGGACAGUAGUACCAGUAGAGAAUCAAAGCCAAGUGUGGGAUUUUCAUCUUUUGCGAAUAAGGAUAUUGGAAAGCCGAAUGUGCCAAAGACAAAUUCUUUCAUCGACAAGACCAAGUCUAGAGACCUUACCCUCAAAGAGCGGCUUUCUAAAGAACUGCAAAGUCCCAGUGACGAUCCAUACAACUUUGAAGCUGAGCUGAAUGAAGAAGUGCCUGUCAGACCUGUCAAAGAGAAAAAGGCUUCAGCAUCUAACUUGCGGAAAGAUACUGUGAAAGGUAGCUCUGCGAAGAAUGGGAUGGUAUUGAAGUCUGGGCCAGACACCGCAGCACUCUUGGCUUCACAAGCCCAGGUCCAGAAAAUAAUCAAGGAUAUGAAUACGUCACUGGCAUCCCAAGAACAUUCAAAGCCAGUGACUGUAUCUAAAGAGCAGGUAGGAAAGAAAGGCCCCGCUUCUGCGCCAACAUCGCGCGGUGGGAGAACGCAGAUUUCGGAGGAAGAUGAACUGAAAUUGAAGCAGUUGCGUUCUCUCUUCCUGCAGCAGGAGAAGAUUAGCGACAUUCUGACAAAGCAGCAAGCCAAGAGGAAGAGGCGGGUUAGCAGCGAGGAGCAGUCUGGGAUAGCUUUGAUGAAUGCUCAGGGUAUUGCCCAGGUAGGGUUUGUGAACUCGUUGGAUGGUAGUACCACUCCUAAUCUCCCAUCUCCUCAGCAACAGGAGCUGAUCAGGAUGAUGAUGCAAGGUCAAGCCCAGAGGUCGCAUAUUCCUCCAUCCAGUUUGCCUCUUGGCCCUGAUCUAGCAAGUCCUUCUCAGCUUAGCCCUUCAUCCAACCCUGGUGUAUUCACUGGAUUCAGACCAACUGGUAGAGAUCUGUGCAAUAUGGUCGCUCUGUCAAGACCACCAAAAGAAUUUUGUAUGCCAGUGAACGUCCGUUCCCCCUCCCCCACUGCCAUGAUGCAAGGCCUCACCCAUCCCCCUCGCAUGUCCCCAACAAGUAUACCUCUAUCCAGUCCAACAUCCAUGUCUCCUACGAUAAGCAGACCGCCGCCAACCUACAGGGCCCACUUAUCUCAGGCAUUGCGAAAUAUGCCAAGAUCCCCUGUAGACCCAAGAUCAGACUUCUUGCCGUUCCCUCCGCAGCACCGCAUGCCCAUAGACUCCAGCUUUCCUAUGCCUCACCCUCAUGCCAACGCCCCUCAACGUCUACCCCCACUGCAAUCGCUGCUGAUGCAGCCACGGUACCCGCCCCCACCUCACCCUAAGAAGCCCCCCUACCCAGCCCAAGCCAAUCAUUCCCUGGGUUCGCCACAGAUGUCCGGAUUGCCCCCACCGACACAUAUCCUGGCACCUCCACCUCCGUCGGUUCCACCGCCGCCGUACAACCUUCACCAGGCCAUGGUCAACCAGCAGUCGCCACUGCCGAGCCCUCUGGGUCUCCAGGCUCCGUCCUCCAGUACCAGCAGCCCACAGAUGAGCCCUGCUACACCUGGUGAACCUGCCCUCACCACAGAACAGCCAACCACGCCGAACAUCAAGUCACCCGGUGAGAAGAUGCCGAAUCCUUGGACGUGGGGGAUUCCGGAGGUGGUUCAGUUCCUAGCUGAGACCGGGGAAGGCUCAUGUGCAGAAUGCUUUUGCAGACAGAAUAUCAACGGUCAAAAACUGAUGUCUCUUACCAAGGAACAACUGGUCAAACUGACCGGAAUGAAGGUGGCACCCUCGCUCAAGAUCUACGAGCAAAUUGUCAAGCUAAGGUCCAGAUUUCCCAUCGGUCCUUCCCCGCAGUCAGACUCCAUGUCCAGAUGAUAGUAAAGUACUAGAGAUCCUCGUAUUGUCAUACAUGUACUCUCAGUUUUGAUUUUAGGAAGUUUUCUGGAGUGUUUCAUGAAGUAUCUUGCUUUUGAUUCACACUCACUAAUUUGUCCUGAGCCAAUCAGAUGCAAGGAUUUCAGUAGCUUAUAACAGUUGUUAGUGAAAAUCACUGAGAGUUUGUUUCAUGAAAUGCUCUUCAAUAAGGUAUUUCAUGAAGCAUCUUGCUAUUGAUUCACGCUUGAUAAUUUGUGCUUAGCCAAUCAGAUGCAAGGAUUUCAGGAGCUAAUAACAAAAUCACUUAGAGUUUGUUUCAUGAAAUGCUCUUCAAGAAGAUAUUUCAUGAAACAGCUUGUCAGUGGUUUUCACUGACUUAAUUGUUUUGAGCCAAUCAGAUCCGAGGGUUUGGUAGCUUUUAACAGUUGGGUGGUUAAAAUCACUGACUAUCUGUUUCAUGAAAUGUUCCCUGGGCUGAUGAACUAUAAUUGGUUAUUAUCAUCACACGAUCAACAAUGGUCAUUUCUCGACAGCGCAUCUCAGAUACUUGAUUUUCUUUAUGCUCUCUACAUGUAGUUGCUUUUCAUCUGUAUGCUGAUUGGAACCUUGCAGUGAUGGCACAAUAAAGAAUGUUUAAAUCUGAAACAAAAAAACAGGUUUUAACAACAAAAACAAUUUCAGUACAGUGUGUCUCAACAUCUCCUUACCUAUGUCUAUGCUUAUUAUCACUAUGUUGAUGAGCUCUUUGCAGAUUUGGGACAAGAACACACAUUUUAAAGCUGAAAAACUCUUUAAUGAACAGCUUCUUUAUAUUCCACAACCCUGGUUGGUAGGGUGGGGCAAUUUAGCUGUAAUAGUUUGACCCUGCUAUAUGCCUCCUACUCCGGGGCUGCGUCUUACAAAGAGUUGCGCUUGAUCCGAUCAAUCGCAACUAUGGAAAGCCAGCAAAGUCAACAUAUAAAAUGCAUGUUUGUUCGAAAUUUGUUCUAGAUAUGAAUGUAUAACCAUAAAUUCAUUGAUUUCUUGACAAUUUGGUGUGUUCUCCUGAGGACAUUUUACAAAUUUCCUGUAGAAAAAAUUAUGACACUGAUGGAUUUCCAUAGAGUAACGAUUGAUUGGAUCAAUCGUAACUCUUUGUAAGAUGGGGCUCAGCUCAAUAUUGGUGCUGAAAAUGAGUAUGAUGAUGGGGCAGCUUGACAAUCCACAGGCAUAGCCAGCGUAACCUCUGAUGUAGCUGUGGAGUCUGGUGCAUGUUUGUUUAUUCAAACUACACAUUGUCUGACUAAGGGAGUGUCGCAAGAAAAUAUUGGCAAUCGCGAAUUUCUUAUGCAAACUUGCAAUUGAUAUACCCGUUGUUAAUAAGAUUGAUUUUUACUUCUUAUUGCAAGAAGCAGACCAUCAAUCAAAUGCAAAUUUGCUAUUACAUGUAAGUCCCAGAGUUAUGAUUGAUUCUUUUGACCCCCAAAUUCACCCGCAAUUGAUUGCAAGUUUAUUGCAAGGCCUCAUAAUCAAUCUCUCUUCUUCUUGCAUACGUCUACACUCUAUAAAAUCAUUGUUUAAAAACAAAAACUGGACAUAAAGGCCAGGCUAUUUUGCUGACCACCUCUCCUCGUCUUAAUGGAAACUGUCGGAUACACUUUUCCAAUCAUAAAAAUGAAAUUAGUUGAUUUCACUUUAAAGGAAAAUAAUGAUGAAUCUAAGAAUUUUUGCUUGAAACAGAAUUAGCAUUGGAUUUGUACAUGAAAUUACAAUUUCGAGCGAUUUUGGGUCUGGUAUGAUCUUGAAAAAUGCUACGUAUCUCUGGAAACGUACCUGGGCUGGGGUAUUGCAAAUUUGGUUUCAAAUGUUGCUGAGACUUGAAAAAAAAAUCAUGAAAUCUUAUUGCAAUUUUAACUUAUUGGGCGAAACAUAAAGGGGGAGGGAGGGGGCUCUCAGUCUAGUCCCCCCAACCUCCUUGGCCUACUUCGGAUUAACUUACACUCUGGCAUGAACAAAUCUUGUGCACAGAGCUAGACCGUUUCUUAUCAAGGUUUCAUAGGUGAUGCUUAUACCCCGUGGAUCAAAUAAACAUGUAUUUGUCUCAUGAGAUGAUAUAUAUGUCAAAUGCGAUGCCUUCAAGAUAUGAACUAAAGAGCUUACUUGGACAAAGAAUAUUUUGUUUGAUCAUAUUGUUAUUCAGAUUUAGAGAGUGAUUUGUAACCGUACUCAUGAAUUUGCCAGUUACUCUCUUGGACAAGUUUGUUUUCUUGCAAUUUAAAGAUGUUGAAAGCUAGAUCAGUUUGAUAGUUUAUUUAAAAAAAAAUGAUUAUGUGUUUUAACAUAUCAAAAACAUUUCAAUGCUGCGACUUUGAAGGUCUUCACAAGUUGCCAAAGUUGGUGUAUAUAUUCUCAUUUGCAAAGUUCUAGAGUGGAGUAGUUUGUGUCCUGGUGCAUACUUGUAUUCCAGCUGGUUAUAUUUGCAGUGUGGUUUUUAUGCCCCUGCCCGCUGUAGGGACAUUCUUGGUCACAUGUGUGACUGAAAUUAUGACAAACCUCGACUUUACUUAGUUAUAAAUCUAAAAAUAUUGAGAGAUUUAUAACUAAUUAUGAUGAUUUUGAAAGUCUAAUUUAAUUUUGAAAUUCACAGGAAUUUCAAAAUGAAAGUAAACUUUCAAAAUCAUGCUUCUCUGUGAAGUCUCACACGUGACCCACCUCUUUUGCCCUCUGACCUUGAACCUGCAUAUUGGAGAUAGCAAAUAAAUUUCCAAAUGAUAGCUCAUUAAACAUGUUUAAUAAUGUUAUAUAACCUUUAAAUAACUAAAUCUCAAAAUUCUUAGAUUUAUAACUAAUUAAAGUCGAGAUUUGUUAUAAUUUCCGUCACACAUGUAUGUGGUUGAUGGCUGCAUUUGUUUUUGGGUCGUCUGCCCGUCCGUGCAUCACGCUUUGUUCUCUUGAUAACAAAAGAUAUGUUCAUCGGAUCAGCUUCAAACUUGGUCCAACAGUGCCUAUGGGAGUGACAAUGAUCUAGUGAAAUAUUGGGGUCACGAGGUCAAAAGUCACAGAGGUCGUCAUAUAAUAUCUCGUUCUCACAAAAUCUGAAGUAUCGUUUGAGAAAUCAACUUUGGAAUAUGCUCAUCUUUGUUCAGAGAGAAAAUUUGAUUUGGGGUCAAAAGUCAGUGGUCACGAAGGUCAUUUUGAAAUAUUAGAGAUUGAGUGUGUAACAUAUUCCUGAUACGAUAAUGCUGGAGGCAUACGUCUCUACAUGUAUAUCUGCAUUCGAGAAUCCAUCUAGCAUAAACUGGUGGACACUUUCGACCUUGGGUUGGUCAGCGGUUCUAAAUAUACUUGAUUAUCAGUCGGAUUGCAGUGGCUCUUUUAUACAAUGUUAUACUUAAUAGUAUGUAGAUCAUUUUAUAUCCUACAUAAAUGAAAUCUUCUAUAGUGAUUGGUUCAAACAGCAUCAUGUGACCAAACAUAUUCUAGCUAUGCCAUUGGAACAAUAUGCCCACUUAAGAAAAUUUGCUAUUCCGUGACAUCAAUGAUUGAAUAGUGCACUAUUCCAUCAUGAUGUCACAGAUCAUGCAAUCUCUCGGAUGCACCGGUCGGCGACCUUUCUCUUCCAAUCAAGUUCUGUGAAAUGACAGCGCAGACACUAAUCCGCGUGGCUUCAGUAAAAAUUAGGUCAGUCGGCGCAGCACGUUAUCUAUAUUUUGAUCAGAUUAAAAAAAGGACGAAUACAAGAACUAGAUUACCAACAUAUAUUGUUCUAACUUAUUAUAAGUAGGAUAUAAAACAAAUAUACCAGGCCUUUAUUUCAAAAGUAUCGAGGGAAGUAUUCAUCCUCGGUUGUAAUGGCAAAAUUACUUUUUUUUUUCCUCAGGGGCUUUGCCCCUCGGGGAAAAAUAGAAUGGCAGUCCAACCUCAGACAAACAAUUCCCACUGUCCUUAAUCAAAGCCUGGUAUAUUUGUAUAAUGUACACGUCUUAAGUCAGAAUAUG